AGCUAAAUUAUGGCAGUGAUGACGGACCAGGUGUGGAGAGGAGUAGAGAGUGGCGGCGGAAUUUGAGGAUCUCCAUUUUACUUGCUCAAACGUAACUACCUCCGUUUUUAAUCUCCUCCUAUUUUCUAAUUUUUCAAGUUUUGUGCUCCUUUUUUCCUCUUCUUUCCUUCCAAACAUGAGUUCAAUCCCUAUAAUUACUUCUUGUGGUUUUGGCUUCGCCGAGUUUUCAGAUUCAUCCAAGCUUUCUUUUGAACGAAUUCGCUUUCGUCAAGUAGAAAACACGAGAUUUCUCGCAUCCAAAUCUGUAAGAUGCGCUAUAUCUCAUGAUCUUAAUGUCACUUCCUCCAAUAAAUUAUGUAGUCGACGCCCUAAGUGCGAUCUCGAUGCGAUUACAAUUCCGGUUUAUGCGUCUGAGUUAGUGGCCGAUAAGAUUCAUCGGCUUGUUCUGGAAUUCGAGUCUCUUUUGGAGCCGAUUGACCGGGUGAAACGACUGUUGCAUUACGCAGCGAUUCUUGAUCCUUCGGACGAAUCGAUUCGACUGCCGGAGAAUCGAGUCAAGGGAUGCRCGACGCAGGUGUGGUUGGAUGUGAAAAUUGAUGAGUUCGAGCGAAUGAGAUUUAAAGCGGAUAGCGAUUCAGAGAUCGCGAAGGGAUAUUGUUCCUGCUUGAUCUGGAUGUUGGAUGGCGCGGAGCCAUUGGAGGUGUUGAAGGUGAGGAGCGAUGAUUUGGACGCUGUGAAUGUUGGAUUGCACGGAAAAGCGAUAUCUAGGGUGAAUACAUGGCAAAAUGUGAUGAUGAGUAUGCAAAUGAGGACCAACGCUCUGGUCUCUAGAAGUGAACCGAAGCCGCCAUUGGAGCCUUUUAUCAUCACCGUUCAUCAUCGCUGAUGGCGUCGACUCCAUGAUCCAAAAUUUGAAAAGCAGCAGAAGUAAAUUAAUCAUUCUAUUUCCUGUCUGAAUUGAAAAAAGUUACGAUAAUCUGACCACACCAACACUCAACAGGUAUACCUAAAUUUGAUUGUAACUUGUAACAUGUAAUCAUUAAACGAAGCUUGGAUUAUACUAAAUACUUUUUGAUAUUUGAGUUGA